CUUGCGUUCACACGGCAACAGACUUCAAGCCGCACAGAAGAAGUCUUUGAACCAAGUGCUGCUGCUGAGGAACUCAACAAUAUUAUUUUUUUACGCAUUUAUUUGUUUAUUUACUGAAAUUAAAUCAUGGCGUCAACGAAGGAGAUUUUAGAAAUGGAUCUUUACGCUUUAUUGGGAGUUGAAUCGAGCGCAACAGAGAAACAGAUCAAGAAAGCGUACCGUCAGAAAGCGCUGUCCUGCCAUCCGGAUAAAAACCCUGACAAUCCCAAAGCUGCGGAGCUCUUCCACCAGCUGUCUCAGGCUCUGGAGGUUUUGACAGACGCUGCUGCCAAGGCUGCUUACGACAAGGUCCGUGCUGCUAAAAAACAAGCCGAGGAGAGAAACAGAAAGCUAGACGACAAGAGGAAGAAAAUUAAACUCGAUUUGGAGGCGCGUGAGCGACGAGCGGAGAAUGUGAAAGCAGAAGAGGUUAAAAUCACCCGAACGUUAGAAGAGGAGAUCGCCCGUCUGAGGGAGGAGGGAUCACGAGAACUACAGGAACAACAGAGACUCAUACGAGAGCAGAUCCAGAGAGAGACAGACAUAAACACAGGCAACACACACACAGACUCUUCAACAGUACAUCAGGGUAACAGCAACGUGACGCCUAAAUUAAAGCUGAAGUGGAAGUGCAAAAAAGACGACGCCAGCAACGCCGGCUAUUCUCACGAAUGCCUUCAAAACCUCUUCCAAAAGUAUGGAGACGUCUUGAACGUUCUGAUAUCCAGUAAGAAGAAAGGCAGCGCCGUGGUUGAGUUUGCAUCUGCAAAAGCGGCUGACCUGGCGUUUAAAAACGAGAGCGGUCUGACCGGAAACCCUCUGAAAAUCACAUGGCUGGAAGGACAACCGGUCCCGACGUCACACGUCGACCCCGCGGCGAACGUCUUCACCGCACAACAGAGUUGUCUGCGCAAUGAGCGUGAUUACGAGAGCGUGGUGUUGAUGAGACUCAGACAGGCUGAAGAGAGGAAGAGGCUGAUCGAGGAGAUGAAAAAGGAGGAAGAGGACGAGAUGGCGUGACUCACGCAAACUCACUGCACUUCCAGCAUUUUACUUUGGAUUUUACAGGAAUUAAACUCCCACUCAUCAAUAAAGCCUUUUUGAUUAACAUUUUUAUUAAUUGUGUUGAAUAUUUUUAUAGUGCUUUUCUGGCAAGUCCAGUUGUAUUUAUUUAUGUGGGUAAAAUUCGUCAAUUAGCAAAUGACUUCAACUUUAAAGCAGCUUAAUAGAAGACAACAGUGUCAUUAUUCUAUUAAAAUAAAGAAACAGGGAAAUGAAAACUCCUUUUUUGGUGUUUAAGCCUCAAAUAAAGACUCUGGAUUGAAUCAGUGUGGAAUGACUCAACAGAUGAUGAUUAUUAUUAUGAUUUGCGAAAUAUUUUGCAUCUAAAGUGUGAUUGUGCUGUGUUUCUUUAAAAUAAAUAUUUUUUUUU